AUGGAAGCACUCAUAAUUUUAUUAAGAAGACUAGUUUAUCCAAACAGAUGGUGCGAUUUGGUAUCUAUUUUUGGAAGAAGUGAAUCUGAGUUGAGUUUAAUUUUUAACAAGAUUUUGGAUGAUAUUUGUGACCGUUUCAGCUACCUUUUGGACUCUCUGGACUUAGUUUGGUUUGAUCCCGAGCUGUUUUCCAAUCCAAUUCACAAUAAAGGAGCACCUCUUACCCAAUGCUGGGGGUUUAUUGAUGGCACCGUUCGGCCAAUUCCACGUCCUAUUAGAAAUCAGCAAAUAAUGUUUAGUGGGCAUAAAAGAACUCACUGCAUCAAAUUUCAGUCAGUCCAUGCACCAAAUGGCCUUAUUGCAAACAUGUUCGGUCCUGUGGAAGGACGAAGACACGAUGCAUUUAUUCUUGGUGUUAGCAACUUGGCUGACAAGUUGUGCAGGAUUCGCCAGCCCAAUGGAGAACCUUAUAUUAUUUAUGGCGACCCAGCAUAUGGUGUCACUGAUAACAUACUGGCUCCAUUCCGGGGUGUUUUCCUAACUGCAGAUGAGCAAGAGUUUAAUAAGCGAAUGAGUAAACUACGUGUUAGUGUGGAAUGGGGGUUUGGAAAAAUUGCUCAGUAUUUUGCAUUUUUAGAUUUCAAAAAAAAUCAAAAGAUCUUACUUCAGCCAAUUGGCAAAUACUAUCUGGUUGGAACUCUUUUGACAAACUGCCACACCUGUUUAUAUGGAUCACUAACUAGUUCCUACUUUGGUGUUCAACCCCCAUCUUUGGAAACAUAUUUAUCAAAUCAAUGA